AUGGAAGAUUUUUAUACUGCAGUUGAUCUUGUAGCCAAUUUUGAUGGUAAAAGCCAAGAGGAAAUUAAUGCAUCCAAUAAUUUUUUGAAGGAGUUUACUGAAUCUCCAGAUUUUCCUGCUUUUGCAAUCCAAAAUUAUGAAUCUUGCGGAACUUUACUUCGUGUUAAAUUCAUGAACACUAAAAUGAAAGAUAUUAUUAAAUUCCAUGGCUCUGAACUACCAAUUGAAAUCAUUGUUGCCUACAAAGAUUUAAUUUUCAACCAAAAUUCGAACUUUAAUGGGACAAAUGAUCAAUCAUUUAUCAAUAUUCUUUCAGAGUCACGCGUUGCUACAAUUUGGCAUCUAUAUCCUGAACAAUGGCCUUCAUUUUGGUCAGAUUUUCUCAAUUCAUUCAGCAAAAGGGAUGUUAUUACAUUUUUCAAAUACUUUGGUCUUUAUUCAGAAACUUUAACAUACGAAAAUACGCAAUUAUUUACUCAUAUCAAAGAUUCAAUGCGUGCAGACGGUUCUGAUCUUAUUGUUACUAAAUAUCUUAUUGACAACCUCGAACCAGACCAUCUCGAUGUCUUUGAAGCUCUUAGAAUGCUACUUAAAUGGGUAAGUUUAGUAUUUGUCGUAAAUAAUGAAUCAUUAACUGCAAUUUGGAAAGGUAUUAACUCAAAAAUUACAUGUCCUGAGACUCUUAACAUCUUCAAGACAAUUGUAAAGCGCGGAAUGCCAGAUGAAAACAGAAUUGCCGUUUUAGAGGUCAUAAAUCCACUCCAAAUCGUGGCAAAUGUAUGCGAAACAGAAAUAGAUACAAAGAUUGAGUGCGCAGUUGCCGCAUUCCUAUGCGCAGCCGGCGAAUAUGCAAUUCAAUAUCAAAUGUACGAUGGAUACUACGAAAUGUCACUUAAUUUCCUUCGCGCAGCUAAUGAUAACUCAGUUGUAUCCAUUCUUCCUUUCUUUGAAGCAUAUAUCGAAGUAGAUCCAGAAAAAAUUCCAGAUAUUCUCACAGAAAUCAUUCAGAGGCUCUCUAUUUUCUUCGAAAAUGUUACUACAUUGGACAGCCUUGACGAAGAAAUCCUAGAAGUCUCAAUUCACGCAGCGCAAAAGUGUUUGAAGAAAGACAAAGAAAAUGUCUUAAAUAUUUUCAUCCAAUUCAUUGACAUGGCUAACUUCGAUGAUUUCUCAACUGCUGUAUCCGUUCUCUAUGUCAUUUCCUCGAUCCUAAAGAACAAACAGCUGAAGGACCACAUUAAUUACUUAGUUGGCAAAUUUUCACCGAUUGUCGGUUUAGAAUUUCCCUGUGAAGUUCCCCUCCAAGAAAUUUCUUAUUGUAUUUUUACAACGUACUUUUUGGCGGUUGCCGAAAUUUUUGAGACAGAUGUUAUUACAGAAGUCUUCAACUCCUUGGUUAGAGCUAGUACAUCGGAGAUAGACAACGAAGAAGUCCACGAACGCAUUACAAACGCGUUGUUUACAUUAGUCAAGAAAAAUGGAAAUCUGAUUCAAUUCGAUCCAUCAUUAAUCCAUCAGCUUGUCCAAUACAAAGAUGGAAACAUCAUAGCAACAAGCGCAAUGCUCAUCCAAUACAUGUCCGGCCAACAAGCUGAUUUCUUCCAGCAAUGUAUGGAUGAAUUAUUGGAAAUUUUCAAUAAAACACCUGAAUCAGAACAACCGGACUAUUUGAUCUUAAUCCUUCAGUUCGUUAGAUCAAUGACAUACUCCCCUAACUCCACACACAUACAGCCUGUCACUGAGUUCCUUAUGAACAUUAUGCCAUUUGCAACACAAAGUGAUAAAUUGUUGUCAAAUUUCAUAAGGACAGUUUACGCUUCCAUCGAACAUUACGGUUUGGAGAUACUUGGAUUGCUCAUACCUGUUGACAAGGACACCGAAUCAUACAGAGAAUUGUGUCUCGCGAUCAAAGCUUUGUUGAAUUCAAAGGAAUUAACUGAUCACUCGUGGGCACAUGACUAUAUACAGCCAUUGAUAAUACCAAUCAUUUCUAUAUAUAACUCUAUAACGCCACUCGACUGGAGCAACGUUUUGGGUGAUGAUGCUCGGUUGAAAGUUGAAAUGACGGCAAGAUUUUUGGAAAUGAUCGGCGUGGCGAUCGGAAAUCCAGAUGAGCACUUGAUUGACCAAGACAAUAUGACAACUAUACUUACUAUGGUGCAAACAGCCCUCCAAAAUCAAUACGACCAUCCAUCUGUUAUUGCACCUUUGAUUUCGUUCGUAAGGAGUGUAGUUCCAUUGAAUCCGCACCAGAUAACACAGGAUUUCGUUGGCCCAACACUUUGUUUCAUACAAUCAAGCAAGUUUAGACCAGAUUCAAAAGAAUGGACAGCUGUUGUUGAAGCAAUCAUCGAAUUGCACUACAGAAUGUAUGUAUCUACUGAAGGUCAGGCAAAUGACUUGAUUGGACAACAUCUUCUUGAGUAUUAUUCUUCUUCUGGACAAGAUGAUAUCCUUGGUUACUUAGAGAAGAUCAGCCAAACUGCUUCGAAUGAAGAACUUAACAGGCAUAGAAGAAAGUUCGGCAAGCAGUUCUAUAUCAGACUGUCAAAGUUCAUUAAAUCAUAA